GUCAAAGUUCAGGCAACGGUCAAACCAGGUGAGCAGAGUGUCAGCAGUACAAAAGGCAAGUGGAUCGUCGGGAGGCAGGCGGACAGAUGCAGCUUCGUGGAGUCCUGACCGUCCUGGUAAUGAGUCUGUGCACAGCUCAUGGAUUAAAAUGUUACCAAUGUGUGAACACUGACCCUAAGAGCUGCACAAACAUAAUCACUUGUUCAGCUGGAGUGGACCGCUGUUCCUCCGUCUCUUUGAACGGUUUCCUCACUAAGACCUGCAUGAACAGUAACUUAUGUGUAGGUCCAAUCUCCUGCUGUGAGGGAGACUUGUGUAAUGGGGCCAUACCUACUGGUCCCAGUGCCGUCCUCUUGCUGGUGUCCUCAGCCAUAAUCACAGUCUUUAUCUGAUGAUGUGGAAAAGCUAAUAGCUUUUCCAAUUAUGGAAGAAACCAUUGAACGAAAACAAAAAGGUGAUUUAACUAAUAAAGUAACUUACAUGACA